CCUCUCCCGCUCCAGACAGACCGGACCCGUCUCCAGCGGCUCCGCAGAACGGAACACCUUCCGCCCUGAGAACCGCGUCUUCCUCCCGUCCUCGUCGGGUCGUUUUUUUCUGACCACCCCAGAUACCAGACCGGACUUCUCCCGUUCAAGGCAACAUGGGGAAACAGAACAGCAAGCUGACCCCUGAGGUGAUGGAGGACCUGGUGAAGAGCACAGAGUUCAACGAACACGAGCUGAAGCAGUGGUACAAGGGCUUCCUGAAGGACUGUCCCACCGGCCGCCUCAACCUGGAUGAGUUCCAGCAGCUGUAUGUUAAGUUCUUCCCGUACGGCGACGCCUCCAAGUUCGCCCAGCACGCCUUCAGGACCUUCGACAAGAACAACGACGGCACCAUCGACUUCAGGGAGUUCAUCUGCGCGCUGUCCAUCACGUCGCGGGGCAGCUUCGAGCAGAAGCUCAACUGGGCCUUCAACAUGUACGACCUGGACGGGGACGGCAAGAUCACGCGUGUGGAGAUGCUGGAGAUCAUCCAGGCGAUCUACAAGAUGGUGGGCACGGUGAUCAUGAUGAAGAUGAACGAGGACGGCCUGACGCCCGAGCAGAGGGUGGACAAGAUCUUCUCCAAGAUGGACAAGAACAACGACGACCAGAUCUCGCUGGACGAGUUCAAGGAGGCGGCGAAGAGCGACCCGUCCAUCGUGCUGCUGCUGCAGUGCGACCUCCAGAAAUAAGGCGGUGGGGGGGGAGAGGGGGGGGGGCGAGCUCACGGCGCUCCGCCCGGACUGCACACCAAGAAGUUCAUGUUCCAUUCAGUUUGCAGCUAUUUCCACUGAAAAAUAUAUAUAUAUAAUAUAUUGGACUACCUUUCAAUGGAUCUGCUUCUUGUGUGCAUGACAAUGUCAUUUGUGCUAAAAGAUUUUUGAAAAAGAUCUCCACGCAACACACACAUACGCACACAGAAAAUAUAUAUAUAAAUAUGAAUAUAUAUUUAAAUUAUUUAAAAGAUCAACUGCCAAAAUGUGAAGUGUGCAAAAUAUUUUUCCUCGCGGUCUCGCCCGGCCGGAGCGUCAGCGGCGCGCCGCGUUGAAUUCGCCGCUACUCUGUGUACCGACACUAGCUGUGUGUGUUACAUCGACCCGGCGCCGCCCGGCGGAGGAGGGGCGGUUCCUUCCAGAACAUGCUUUGUGCCGUCAGUGAUAAAAAAGAAGAAGACGUAAACGUAGUUCAUUUGCAUGCCUUUGGGUUUCGGCCUCGUUUUUGCAUCCUGUGACAGAAAGCCUCGUCCAAUCCGUGAGGACUUCUACCUGAAGAGGGGAGGGGCACCGCAGGGGGUCAUCGGGUGCGUGCGUGUGCGGGGGGGGGGGGGGGGGUAGUUCCUGUGUCUCUUGGCUGCUUUAACUGUGGGAGCAUGUUUCCUUGUAGAUUAGCCGUAGUGUGUGUGUGUGUCGCAGAACUAAAGCCCCGCCCCCUGCCCCGCCCCCUUAAACACAACCUCGUCGCUAACUAGCAGAUGCUGAAUGGAGAAGAAUCCACCAUUUUGAAGCCGCGUCGGAGAUUUGAAAAAAGAAAGAAAGAGAGAGAGAGAGAGAGGUGAUGGGUCAGUGCAGCGCGGCGUCCGUCUGCAGAGCAUCGUCAUCACACUUAGUUACAGCCGCCAUCGCCCCCCGCCCGGCCUGCAGGCUGCAUAUCAACACGGUUCACCCGGAGGGGGGCGGAGUCUCCGGUGGGAGUGGAGGACGGUCCUCGCGGUGAAGACCUCGCUCGCCCCUCCUCCCCCUCCUCCUCCUCCCAAGUAUUUCUCUCUUUCCAACCAGUCGGUCUUUUUGUACUUUUUUACUCCCUCCGCUCACAUGGACGCCGUGCCGGUGCGUUCCUCAUGCAGAGGAGUUCAGUGGCGCCGUGAAGCCGUCGUGGAAACACCCCCGUGAGCCCACUGACACCCUCCACCCGGCGCACCACACACACACACACAGAACCGCAAUAACGACGCAGCAUCCCGGUCCAUCGCCAUGUCUCAGUGUGACUCUGUGAUCUGAACUUCUUUACGUGAACAUCGAUGUUUCUUUGUGACUCUUCCCGCUGUCCGGAUACCAAAUGUAAGGCAAGCGUGUCCACGGAUUCUUUUGUAGCAUGUAUUGUGUCCCUGGCGACAUGGCUGCACUACUCCCUGUGUUGUGAUUUAAUCUAAUAAAAUUAACUCUAUGGGU